AUGACGAACGUUUGGAGAUUCGCACCGAGCGACGGCGACGCGCGGACGAACGACGGGCGCGACGCGCGAACGAGGGAGACGGAGGCGUCGAUGAUGUUCUCCGCGCACGGAUCGCGAGGGGAGGUGGUGCGCGUCGGCGUCGGGCGCGGUGCGGGCGUCGACGGCGCGGUCGGGGCGAACGGGACGCGCGCGAGCGCGGCGUUCGUGAGCGACGACGCGUGCGUCGUGUUCGGGAGCGGAAAGCGAGGGGUGUUGAUCAUGAAUGCGUACGACGAGGGAGGAGGGAGCGUGCGGGUGAUCGAGGGGGAGGAUGGAUCGGAGGGAACGACGCGGGCGACGCCGACGGUGUGCGCGGCGACGCGGACGCCGAGCGGACGCGCGAGCGCGGUGGUCGGUGACGCCGAUGGCGAUCUGUACGAGAUCGUGGGGGAUAUUGCGAACGGGAAGUUGAGUAUUCGAGCGUUCGAUCGAAAGAAUCGAAGUCACUGGGUGGACGACAUGCACGACGACGAGGAAGCAGGGGGCGAAGGCCAGGCGACGGCGUCGCCGACGAAGACGCCAGGGAAGAAUCGCGCGUGGGGGGCGCUUCGCUCGGCCACGAUGGCCGCCGGGGGGUUAUUGAGUCGGAAGCACAAGCCCGGGGGCGUGCGCUCGCUGAGCUUUGUCGAUGGGUCGAGCGAGACAAGAAAACGGUUGCUCGUGUGCGUCUCCGACGGGGCGCUCGAGGAGUGGUCAAUCGAUGUCUCGAACACGCCGCGACCGGCCAAGCUCGCGCACGCGCACAACAUCGUGAAGCAAAUUCAGCGCGCGCUCCGCACGAGCUCCAACGUCUCGUUCGUCUCCGCUGAUUGGACACUGACAGAUGUGGGAGUGGACAUCACCCUCCUCGUCGAGUGCGACGGCAAGGGUUCCCUCCAUCGCUUCCAGCGAGCGCACGGCACCGACGCGUUGGAGAUCGUCGCAUCCGCAGUUCCCGCCGCCGGAGCACUUCCAAACAACCUCAAUCGCGUGCGAUUGUACGUCGAAGGUGAGGACACCUUUGUGCUCGCUGAGGAUGGCUCUGCGGCUAUGUUUACAGGUUUGGACUACUCGCGCGUGUUGGCGCGCAUGGACGCGUCCAAUCACGAGCCUAUCCUUGAUGUGAAGUGCGUACGUCCGGGAGAGUGGGUUCUCCUAUCGGAUGAAGGCGGGGUCACGACAUUCAAUCCUCACACGAGACAGACCACUCCGCGCCGUGCUGGAAAAGUGACUCCGAACAAGCGUACUUCGCGCGGGGACGGUCCGAGUGCCAACGCGGUGGACGAUGCCGACGCGAUCGAGUGCGUUCGUACGGAAUUUGAGAAUUACCUCGCCGGACAAAGCGGCUCGCGUGAUCAGACAAAGUCGCGACUCCGCGCGGCGGGAGCCUUCGUGAGCGAGGCUGUGCCGUUUGCAACCAUGAGCAAAAGCUCGAUCGAUGCGCUCCCCAAGAAGUUGUCGGGGAAGUCCAAUCGCGGCGGUCCAUCAAUCGAAGAGCAUGUCGCGGAAAAGAUUGGCCGUUACUUGAGUUUCCUGGACUUUUUGACGGAGAGUGGAGUCUGGAACGACAUCGACUCGGAUGAGCGCUUGGAGAUUUUGACGCACGGAGAGAUGAUCUCUGCGACUUCAAGGUUUGUCGACCUUAAGAAUACGGCGGACGAUGAAGCGAGGACAAUCUUAGAGGAAAUCGCGACGCACGCAGGAGCGGAGAUGAAAGCCAUCGACAGCGCUUUAGACGAGAGAUCCGAUCUCGAGGUUUGCUUUAGCCGCUCGAGCGAAGUGUGCUCCAUGUUCCCAGCCACGGCCUCGGUCCUCGAGAAGCGACUCAAGGAGGACAACGACUUAGAAAAACGAGCAUUGAUUUUGGACACAUGUGCUCGCGGCUUGCUCGUUUCCAUCGAGGCUGCGAACGACUUCAGAAGGCGACGCACCACAAUGUAUCCGCACUCGGCAAGCUCCGGCGUUAGCUGGAUGUGUGAGAUGGAGGCGCGCGAGGCACUGCACGCUUUGGCGAGCGUCACGAUCAAACUUCAGGCCGAAGCCGCGGAAAGCACCACGGGCGUGGGUCUUGGGCCAGUUCUCGGAUCUCGUUUGCAGGCUGUGGCGGCUCCGUUGCUUGACGCCUGCGCUGCGUACCUGAACGCGGCUCUCCCGCAUUCGACUGCACGUAUCGACGCGCACGAUGAAUACGUCAAGAAUCGGACAAUUCUACUCUCCGCCUUGCUCAACUGCGCGAAGCAGAGCGCGACGGUUCCUCAACAAUCCAGACCGCAACACGGUCCGUUGACGGAGGGUGUGGAUGUCACCAUUGAGUCAGUGGCGGCGGUUGCAGAGGCGCACUUCGGUUACGCCGAGCUCUUCGAAAUUUGUGACACUGCGGGUGGUGUUCCACGAUUGCAUCACUACAUGCGAACGCUCCUCGGUGCGCAAGAGGACGGUGAAGAGAGCUUUGCACACUUUGUUUAUCAGAAGUUGGCCAUUGAGCAAGAUCGAGACGCGGUGCUUUUACGCGAUCUCCCGGUGGAGUUCCACGGCGACUUGGAACGGUUUUUGGCGUCUCAUCCUGAUCUUCGUUGGUUGAUGGAGCUUCGCGUCGGUAAGUAUUCGGAAGCGAGCGAAACUUUGGCCGCCAUCGGAAACCGAGACGGCGCUGAUGCACUCAAGAAGCGUCGAGCGUUGUCGCUGGCAAAAUUAGCGCUGCUCGCCGCAGGAGGUAACGUCGAAGAUCGAAUGGAUGUGAUCGACACCGCCCUUGCGGCCUGA